UCAAAAAUUUUGAAAAUUUAAACUUUUGUUUUUCUCAAAUCAGUAAAAAUUGUUAAAAGUUCUCAACAAAUUUUUGUGUUAAAAAUUAAAGUUUUGAUUCAAACAUGUCUGCCCAGACAACCCCAAAAUCUCCAGUCACGAAUCCCUUAAAUGAUGAUGACUUUUCGGAUGUGACCAAAAAAGAAAUCAUCUAUUGGUCACGAAAAUUGGAAAUAGCGCCAUCACAACUAUUCCUCUUGCCAAAGGAUGAUCUAAAUAAAAGGAUGGAAGAUAUUCUCAAUAGGAACCAUGAAAGCAAUGAUGAGGAUCGCCAAAACAUCUCAGAGCGUUGGCAGUACAUGACCCAGAUGAAAGAGCAGCUGAUCGAGAAUCAUGCCAACAAACGUCUGAAAGGUGGUGCUGGACGUAACAUAUAUGAUAUUCUGGCAGAGGCAGCCAAUCAAAUUGAGGAGAUGUAUGGUGAAGCCAGCUAUUAUGACGAUUCCCAGGAUUAUGAUGAGAGUACAAUGGCUUCCAGAACCUAUGGAACAUAUAAUGCCAGUAACUCUUGUCCAUUUCGUGAAGAUCUGACCUAUACCCUCAGUGAUGAGGAGCCCACCUUUGAAAGUACCUUUGAGGAUUCGUUUCAAAUCAAUCCCAAUUUGGCCUCAACACCAAGAUGUCCCCGACAGCUAGCCAACAAUGAGACCUAUUCGCUGCCGGCCAGAAAAACUGCAAAUGCCACAUAUCAAGUGGCGCCCAAUCAGACAGCACAAUAUCCCACCAAUGCCACCUUUACAACACGGCAAUGUCCCAUGAAUAGCACCUUUAAUGCCCGUCAAGGUCCGGAACCCAAUAAUGAAUCCUUCAAAUUACCUCCACCUGCAGCCUUCAAUGAAUCUUCGAGGCAAUCUUCUGCCCAACAAUGGUCACCCCAAUCAAUGGCAUUUAUGGACACUUCAAGGGACAAGUCCUCUUCCAUGAAUGCCAAUUCCUUUGCCACAGGUGGUGUGGCAAUAAAUUCAACCAUGAAUAAGACCUCUAAUGCCACCGGACCUUCGAUACGUAAUUUCACCGACUAUUCCAUGACCUACAGUCCCCAGGGUACCGAGGAAUCAGCCAAUAGUGUUUCCAUAGAAAAUUACAAUGAAAAUUCGGGGGUGAUAAGGGCCUCAUCGCGCAGUUAUACCCUGCCAACGGGAAGUAAAGCUGGUAACACGACCUUUGAUAUGUCGUCUGCGGUUAGGGGUGGCAUUGGAAAUAAAACCUUUGAUAUAUCCUCUGUGCUUAAGGGUGGCCUGGGAAAUGCAACUUUUAAUAUGCCCUCUUCUCUUGUAAGUGGACCGGAACGUUCUGCAAAAAGUCCCACACGUUGUCCAGUUGCUAAAGCUACUGCUCCUUCACCACCACCGCCCACACAAUGUCCACGAAAUCAGCCGACAGUACAACCAACACCUGCCAGAACGCCCAUUAAUCCGUCAACAUAUAAACCAAGGAGGUUGGAGUUUUGAAAUUUAGGGGAGGGGAAAAAAUGUUAAAUAUUGAAAAUUAUUUGAAAUAUAUAUUUUUUUUAAAUAAAUUGUUUCUUAAACUACGAGCGAGAAAUUUAA